GUUUUGAACGACGAAAAAUAUGAGAUUUCUAUUUUACGAAUUCGUGAGUAACCGGACAAUUAGUUCUUUCAUCUUUGAACGAUUGAAGAGUGUAGGAGAGAUUAGUGAGAGCUACUAAGAUGGGGAACGGUAAACACAGGUGGAAGAUCUUCCUGUACCGGCCAGCUGCGUUAAAAUCAGAAUGGAAGGAGCCCCCAAAGGAAUUCGUCUGUCCGAUUUCUGGGUCUUUAAUGGCGGAUCCGGUGAUUGUUGCUUCAGGGCAUACUAUUGAGCGAAUCUGUGUUCAGGUUUGUAAAGACUUGGGGUUUACUCCAAUACUCCCAGAUGGCUCAAAACCUGAUUUCUCUACUGUAAUCCCUAACAUCGCCAUUAAAUCGACUAUUCUCAACUGGUGCCGUACUAAUGGUGUUGAACGGCCAACACCUCCAGAGCUCUGCUCCGCGGAGAAGCUUGUUCGUGCACUAAUACCGCCUGAGAAAUCAACUCUCAAUUGCACAAAAGAAGAAGAAGAAACAGAGAAGGAAGAGUUGCUUAAAGGAGUGGCGGAGAAGCCUCCAGUCAAAUUUUCUUACGCAGCAACCGAGUUAAAUCGCCGGCCGACUCACUUCUACACAAGCUCUGAGGAAUCGGUAAUUAUCGGGACUCCCGGCACACCUUUACCAUUCGCAACGCGGCCCUCUUGUUAUUCAUCUUCUUCGUCGUCCGACAAUGUUACAGACGAGAGCUUAAAUCCAAUGUCCCCGGAAGAGGAGGAGAUCGUCGUCAAGCUCAAGAGCUUACAAGUGUUCGAACAAGAGGAAUCCGUGAUCUCACUGAGAAAGAUCACCAGAACCAACGCAGAUAUGAGGGUUCCACUCUGUACCCCACGAUUGCUUUCGGUGCUAAAAUCUCUCCUGAACUCACGCUACUCCGUCAUCCAGAUAAACGCGGUGGCAUCUCUGGUGAAUCUCUCGUUGGAAAAGAUCAACAAGGUAAAGAUCGUACGGGCUGGGAUCGUUCCACCAUUGAUCGAUGUGUUGAAGGGAGGGUUCUCUGAAGCGCAGGAACACGCUGCGGGUGCGCUCUUCAGCCUCGCUCUUGACGAUGAGAACAAGAUGGCCAUAGGUGUAUUAGGUGCGUUACCACCGCUGCUCCACAUGCUCCGGUCGGAGAGCGAGCGGGCUCGGCACGACUCGGCGAUGGCUCUGUACCAUCUCUCGCUGGUUCAAAGCAACCGUUCCAAACUCGUGAAGCUGGGUUCUGUGCCGACGCUGUUAGCCAUGGUAAACGGAGGGGACCUAGCGAGCAGGGCUCUGCUUAUACUCUGCAACUUAGCGGCGUGUGCGGAGGGGCGGAGCGCAUUGCUCGACGCGAACGCGGUGGAAUGCUUCGUGGGGAUGUUGAGGGGAAACAAGCUGAACUCGGAAACGGCUCGGGAAAACUGUGUUGGGGCGUUGUACGCGCUGAGUCAAGGGAGUUUGAGGUUUAAAGUGCUGGCGAAGGAGGCGGGAGCGGCGGAGGUGUUGAGAGAAGUGGAAGAGAGAGGGAGCGAACGAGCCAGGGAGAAGGCUAAGAGGGUAUUACAGUUGAUGAGAGGUACUGGGAUUGACCAACAGGGCGAGGGAGAGGAGGAGGUGGACUGGGAGGGCUUGUUGGACUCGGGGACGCUGAGUCGGACUCGCAACCGAUUCGUUUGUGGCAAGGAUUCAUCGGUUGCCAAUUCGACUUAAUUUUAUUUUCACUUUCAUUGUAAUUAUUGGGGGUUUCUUUUGUCUUUCCCCCUUCUUGCCACUCUUCACCUCCAAAUUCCCCACUUUUUGUUUAAGGGA